AUGGAACUUAUCGCUGGUCAUGUCUUAUUCAGACAUGGUGACCGAACACCAAUUCAAUCAUAUCCAACUGAUCCUAUGAAAGAAAAAGAUUGGCCAAAUGGGUAUGGUCAAUUAACAAUUGCUGGUAUUGAACAACAUCAUCGUCUUGGCCAAUAUCUUCGUACUCGUUAUGGGUCAAUUUUAAGUUCGAAUUACACUGCUAGUGAAAUUGUUGUUCGCUCAACAGAUUAUGAUCGAACAUUAAUGUCAGCUCAAUCCAAUCUUAUUGGUCUUUAUGGACUAAAGAAUGUUUCGGAUGAUACAAUUCCAAUUCAACCUGUUCCAAUACAUACUGUACCAAUGGAAAAAGACUUUUUAUUGGCUGUAAGUGACUGUCCAAGAUAUGAAGAAAUAGAAAAUGAAGUCUAUCAAACUGAUGAAUUCAAAAAAAUGAAUACAUACUAUGAAUCAUUCUUUCAAAAACUCCAAGUAUGGACAAAUAUUAGUAAUAUGACGCUGUUGAAUAGUUGGGGUAUUGCUGAUACAAUAUUUAUAGAACAUCUUUAUAAUAAAACACCUGCAUGGGCUGAUGAUGCAGUUCGAAAAAACUUAACUGAUAUUAAUGAACUUUCAUUUCAUUAUCUCUAUUCAGAUGAUGAUGCAAAACGAUUACAUGGAGGUCCAGUAAUUCAAGAUAUUUGGUUAAAUAUGAAUAAUUCACGUCAUGGAAAUUCAUAUCGAAAAUUUAAAAUGUAUUCAGCUCAUGAUACAACAAUUAGUGCAGCUCUCGCAUUUCUUCGUAUUAAUUAUCCACAUCAACCACAAUAUGCAUCUGCUUUAUUUGUUGAUCUUUAUAAACAAAAUUCAAGUUAUUUUGUCAAAGUGGAAUAUUUAAAUGUGACAGAUUCAAAUAAACCAUAUCCAUAUGUAUUAGAUGGUUGCUCCACAACUGAAUGUCCAUUUGAGAAAUUUACUGAUAUAUAUAAACCUCUUUUUCCCGGAACAUUUGAAGUUGAAUGUAUGAAAAAGAAUCCAACUCCAGGUGGUGAUGGAAAUAAUAAGAAAAUGAUAAUAAUUUUAAGUGUCGCAGGUUUUGCUCUUCUUCUUAUUAUUGCUGGUAUAUUUGUGGUUAUUUAUCGACGAAAAGCUGAUCGUGGUGCACCUCUUCUCUCUAGUGAAACAUAUUCACAAGUAGCAUAA